AUGGUCUUCGGCCGCUCACUGACCGAGUCUCGUUUGAUCAAUUCGGCCAACUAUGUCCGGACAGAGCUUCCCACGAGAAUUGCGCACCGAAUUCGGGAUAUGCAACACCUACCCUACGCCGUUGUCAAGAACCCCCACAUUAGCGAUGUCUAUAACCUUUACUAUAAUGCCUUCGAUUCUUUCCGAAAGAUCAAAGAGAUAAAUACCCUAGAAGAAAAUGACGAGUUCUGCAAGACCAUAAGCAAGAACCUCCAGGCCCACCUGACCGUCAUACCCAAGCUUGCCAUGGGGAUAAUAGAAUGUAGCGACCUUAUGGAUGCACAGUCUCUCGACAAGUUUAUGAACACUAUCCUAAGAUCUAGGAUAUCCCGCCGAGUCAUCGCAGAGCAACACCUAGCUCUAACAGAAACCUACAACUCCCCCUGGUUCUCCCCCGGAGCCAAACUCUCCGAGGCCGACUUCAUCGGCGAAGUCUUCAUCAAAUGCGUCGCUAAGGACGUCAUCGACCGCUGCGGCCUCGCCGUCCAAGCCCUCGCCCGAGCCACCUACGGGCCGGAGGUACAAAUCCCCGAGAUCAAAGUCGAAGGCCACCUCAACGCCAGCUUCCCCUACAUCCUCAGCCACCUCGAGUAUAUCGUCGGCGAGCUCCUCCGCAACUCCGUCCAGGCCGUCAUCGAGCGCCAAAUCCGCGAAAGCGAACGCCAACAAAAGGACAACCCCGACCAAAGCCACCCUGCGGCACCACUACCUCCCAUCGAGGUGACUAUUUGCGAGUCCCCCCAGCUCAUUAUUAUUCGCAUAUCCGACCAGGGCGGCGGCGUACCCCGCGACGUCCUCCCCCACCUCUGGUCCUUCAGCAAAGGGCCCCGCGGCCAGAAGCUGCUCGAGAACCUCGGCAAGGUCCCCAAGAUGGCUGCCACGAUGCAGGAGCUCCACAUCCAUGAUGAGAUCGCGCGGGCCGACCUACGAACACCGAGCAGCUACGAAUCGGCGCCCAUCACGUCGUCGUCGUCCCUGUCUUCCCUGUCGAACAGGCCGCCGAAUCUCCAGCUCGGCAUGGGUUUGCCCCUGAGUAGGGUCUACGCCGAGUACUGGGCCGGUAGCCUCGAGCUGCAUAGUCUCGAGGGGUAUGGCGUCGAUACGUUCCUGCAGAUUUCGAGGCUGGGGAACAAGAAUGAGCAGUUGACUACUAGGGCGACUAUUGAUGCUGUUUGA